AUGGAAAAUACUCAUCGAAGAAAAAUAAAAUGUAUAUCUGCAUUUGCAGGUCAUUCAUGGUUAAUAUCACCAGAUAAAUUAUUUGAAAUUGAUUUAAUAUCAAAAGAUGAUUUAAAAUUAAUUGAUCGAUCAAAAUUUAACAAUUCAUAUGUUAAUUUUCGUGAAAUAAAGAGAAACAAAAAGCAACUAUUGGAAAAAGCGUAUCUUAAUUUUAAAAAUAAUAAUUCACAAGCUUCAGAAAUUCUAAAUGAUUUUUUUCAACGCGAAAAAUAUUGGAUUGAUGAUUAUACGUUAUUUAUGACAAUCAAAGAAAAACAUAAAAAUAGUACAUGGUCUGAUUGGCCUGUACCUUUACGUCGCCAUGAACAAACUGCUUUACAAACGAUUCGUGAACUUGAAAAAGAUCGUAUAGAGUAUUAUUUAUUUGUUCAAUAUAUAUUUGAUCAACAAUAG